GCGCGCGCUCUGCCUUCCUCACCUUUGGGUUAGCUCAGCUGCUCUGCCCGCACCGGAACAGCGGCGGCCGCGCGGACACCGGGACCCGAGCGCCAAUAAAAGCUGCGCUCCGACUCGCACUCACAUCACGGAGGAGCCACAAGCCGAGCUUUAUCUUUUAUACACACACACAUUUAUUUAUAUAUUUAUAUACACACACACACACACACACAUACAUACAUAUAUAUAUAUAAAUACACACGCACGCACGCACACGCGUCUUUUUCCUUUGCUGCGUGUUUUCUUUCACCACUUACCGAAGAGGACAGGUUACCAUUACCCGGCCGGAGCCGGAGCCGGUACCGGUCCCCCCCACUCGUUCUCCCGGGCUGCCACUUGUCCGCAUCUUUUCUCUUUGACUCUGAGAAUAAACCGGGCAGAAGUGAGUCAGACUUUACCGAGUUGAGGUGACCCGCUGCUGCCGCCGCGGCUCCCCGAGCUCCCACAGCGGGGCGGAGCUGGACUGGGCGGACUGGGUUUGUACCGCAGCCUCGCGGCUCGUCUUACCGGAGAACGCGCUCGCGCUGCAGCGUCCGCUCCCGCUUCUUCUUCUGAAACUCGCGCACAGGUGCAGAUCCUGAAGAUGAGCGUCUCUGGGAGGAAUUCUCACGCGCUGUUGUGACUCCAGUGACUUUCGAGCAAGCAUGAGGAGAGCGCCCAAGCCGAGCACAAUGGCCUGCUCAGUGUGGAGUCUCCCAAGCCUCCGUUGCCUGAUGUUUGCUUUGGCUGCUCUACAGUGCACUGAAGGCUUCAGUCGUGCAGCACUGCCGUUUGGUUUGGUCAGGCGGGAGCUGUCCUGCGAGGGCUACCCAAUUGACUUGCGCUGUCCAGGAAGUGAUGUCAUCAUGAUCGAGAGCGCUAAUUAUGGGCGCACAGAUGACAAGAUCUGCGAUGCCGACCCCUUCCAGAUGGAAAAUAUCAACUGCUACCUCCCUGAUGCCUACAAGAUAAUGUCUCAAAGGUGCAAUAAUCGAACCCAGUGUAUUGUCAUUACGGGAACGGAUGUCUUCCCUGACCCUUGCCCAGGAACUUACAAAUACCUUGAGGUCCAGUAUGAAUGUGUCCCUUAUAUUUUUGUUUGUCCUGGAACUCUGAAAGCUGUCGGAGAUCCUUCUUUUCGGUACGAGGCGGAGCAACAAGCCGGUUCCUGGUGCAAAGACCCUCUUCAAGCAGGCGACAAAGUUUAUUUCAUGCCCUGGACGCCGUACCGCACUGACACGCUAAUCGAGUACUCGUCGCUUGAAGAUUUUCAGAACUCCAGACAAACCCUAACAUACAAACUUCCCCACCGAGUGGAUGGCACCGGAUUCGUGGUGUACGACGGCGCUGUGUUCUUUAACAAGGAGAGAACACGCAACAUUGUGAAGUUUGACUUGCGCACGCGCAUCAAGAGCGGCGAGGCCAUCAUCAACAAUGCCAACUACCACGACACGUCGCCAUACAAAUGGGGCGGCAAGACAGACAUCGACCUGGCCGUGGACGAGAAUGGCCUGUGGGUGAUCUAUGCCACCGAGCAGAACAACGGCAUGAUGGUGCUGAGCCAGCUGAACCCAUACACACUGCGCUUCGAAGCGACAUGGGAAACGGCAUAUGACAAGCGCUCGGCCUCGAACGCCUUUAUGAUCUGCGGUGUGCUCUACGUGGUCCGGUCCACGUACGAGGACAACGAGAGUGAAGUGAGCAAAGGCAUCAUUGACUACAUGUACAACACCAAGCAGGGCCGUGGUGAGUACAUGGACAUUCACUUCCCCAACCAGUACCAGUACAUCGCCGCUGUGGAGUACAACCCCAGGGACAACCAGCUCUACGUGUGGAAUAACUUUUACGUCCUGCGCUACAACUUGGUCUUCGGACCACCCGAUCCAGCUCACGCCCCGCCCAUCUCAGAUGCCACCUCAGUGCCAGUGCCACCCCGAAUGACAACCACUACAAUGACAACAACAACAGCGCAGCAUAGAGGUCUAACAACAACCAUAAACACUACUGGGACCAGGGUCGGCAACAAGCCGCCUAAACCCCCAGUGGCUCCGUCCCGAACGACCACGCCUCCGUCCCUGGAGUCGUUCCCUUUGCCCAAGCGCUUCUGUGACAGCGUAGAGCGAAGGGACAUCCUGUGGCCUCAGACACAGAGGGGCAUGCUUGUCGAACGACCAUGCCCCAAAGGAACCAGAGGCACCGCCUCCUACCUGUGUGUCCUCUACACCGGGGCCUGGCACCCAAAAGGCCCUGAUCUAAGCAACUGCACCUCUCACUGGGUCAAUCAAGUGGCUCAGAAGAUCCGAAGUGGGGAGAACGCGGCCAACCUGGCCAACGAGCUCGCUAAGCACACCAAAGGGCCCAUCUUCCCUGGCGACAUCAGCUCCACCAUGAGGCUCAUGGAACAGCUGGUGGACAUCCUGGACGCCCAACUGCAGGAGCUGAGGCCAAGUGAAAAGGACUCUACCGGACGGAGCUUCAACAAGCUUCAAAAGCGAGAAAGGACAUGCAGGGCAUAUAUGAAGGCUAUAGUGGAUACCGUGGACAACCUGCUCCGGCCAGAAGCACUGAAGUCUUGGCGAGGCAUGAAUAUCACAGAGCAGACUCAUGCUGCCACCAUGUUACUGGACACUCUGGAGGAAGGAGCUUUCGUCCUUGCUGACAAUCUAAUGGAACCAGCAAUAGUGAAAGUGCCAGCAAGCAAUAUCAUUCUGGAUGUGUAUGUGCUGAGCACAGACGGCCAGGUGCAGGACUUCAAGUUUCCCCAGAGCAGCAAGGGUGGUAUAUCUAUCCAGCUGACAGCCAAUACGGUUAAACUGAACAGUCGGAAUGGUGUUGCCAAGUUGGUGUUUGCCCUGUACAAAAACCUGGGCCAGUUUCUGAGCACCGAGAAUGCAACAAUCAAACUGGGCAGCGAGGCGAACGGCCACAACUUCACCGUGGCCGUAAAUUCAGAUGUCAUUGCUGCCUCGAUCAACAAGGAAUCCAGUCGAGUCUAUAUAACAGAGCCAGUGAUUUUUACCCUGGAACAUAUCGAUAUGCAACACUUUUUCAACUCAAACUGCUCCUUUUGGAAUUACUCAGAAAGGAGCAUGAUGGGAUACUGGUCCACACAAGGUUGCAAGCUUGUUAAGUCCAACAAAACCCACACAACAUGCUCAUGCAGCCAUCUAACAAAUUUCGCCAUCCUUAUGGCUCAUCAGGAAAUACUGGGCCCAGGCAGAGAGCACAAGCUGCUGCUGACAGUCAUCACUCGUGUGGGCAUUGUGGUCUCACUCGUCUGCUUGGCCAUGUGCAUCUUCACAUUCUGCUUCUUCCGUGGCCUGCAGAGUGACAGGAACACCAUCCACAAGAACCUUUGCAUUAACCUCUUCAUUGCUGAACUCGUCUUCCUAAUUGGCCGCAGCAUGACAGAACUCAGGAUUGGCUGUGCGAUCAUUGCCGGGAUCCUGCAUUAUUUCUUCUUGUCCUCUUUCGCUUGGAUGUGUUUGGAAGGCGUUCAUCUCUAUCUUAUGCUUGUGGACAUCUUUGAGAGUGAAUAUUCACGAAAGAAAUAUUACUACGUUUCGGGCUACCUGUUUCCCGCCAUCAUCGUGGGUGUGUCCGCCGCUGUGGAUUAUGGGAGCUAUGGAACAGAAAAAGCAUGCUGGCUGAGAUUGGACAACCACUUCAUUUGGAGUUUUAUUGGACCUGUUACCUUCAUCAUUAUGCUUAAUCUCAUCUUCCUGGUCAUCACAAUGUACAAAAUGGUGAAGCACUCUACUUCAUUGAAACCAGACUCCAGCAGGUUGGAAAACAUAAAGUCCUGGGUUCUAGGAGCGUUUGCCUUGCUGUGUCUUCUGGGUCUCACGUGGACCUUCGGUUUGUUGUUCAUCAAUAGCGAGUCCAUCGUGCUGGCCUAUCUCUUUACCAUUUUCAACACCUUUCAGGGCAUGUUCAUCUUCAUCUUCUACUGUCUGCUUCAGAAAAAAGUUCGUCGAGAGUACAGCAAAUGCCUCCGCCACACAUCUUGUUGCAGCAGCUUGCCAAGUGAGAGCUCCCACAGUUCCACAAAGACAGCAACAACAAGGACAAGUGCUCGCUACUCCUCCGGCACUCAGAGUCGAAUCAGAAGAAUGUGGAACGACACUGUAAGAAAGCAGUCUGAAUCCUCCUUUAUCUCAGGGGACAUCAACAGCACCUCAACCCUCAACCAAGGAAUGACGUCCAAUUAUCUACUAACAAACCCUCUUCUACGACCCCAAGGCACUAACAACCCGUACAAUACCUUACUGGCCGAAACGGUCGUAUGUAACACUCCUACGGCUCCUGUCUUUAACUCUCCAGGACACUCAAUGAACAAUGCCAGGGAUACAAGUGCAAUGGAUACUCUACCGCUAAAUGGUAACUUCAAUAAUAGCUACUCGCUUCGGAAUGGGGACUAUGGCAAUGGCGGCAUUGGCCUAGAUGAAGCCGCCUUCGAGAAGAUGAUUAUCUCCGACUUGGUGCACAGCAACCUGAGGACAUGCGCCAAAAAACAGCUGCACGAGCCUCAUAUCUCCACUAGAAACGCAGCCGGGGGAGGAACCAGUAGCAAAGAUGAAGCCACUGUAGCCGAAACUACAUCCUUGGUGCCUGUGGACAGCGAGAACAGCCAUUUAAUGGUGGGGAGUCUGAGCUUGCACCAUCAGCACCACCAGCACCACCUGGAUGCCCCUCUUAUCCCCCAGCGGACUCACUCACUCCUGUAUUACACUCAGGAGAGAGCGAGAACCGAGCCCACAGCUACAAAACACAGUCUGCAACCACCCACUACGGACUCCCUGUACUCCGGAGAGCUGAACCUGAGAGACUCGCCCUUAACCGAGAGCAGCCUCCAGACAGAGCAACUCUCGCCCUCCAAACACAGCGAGGACGAGGACGCCUACUACAAGAGCAUGCCCGAUUUAGGGGCCGGCCAAGAGCUGCACACCUACUGUCAGAUGAGCAGGGGAAGCAGUGACGGUUAUAUAAUCCCCAUCCCCCAAUCCCCUAAAGAAGAGUGUGAGCCAGAGGUGGACGUACGGGAAGGACAGAUGCAGCUCAUCACAAGCCUUUAAUAUGUUCUUUUUUUUUUUUUUCCUCAAAAACAAUCUACACCAGUUGCCACAAGGACACUGGGUACUAGGGGAGGUUUUACAACAAGGCUCAUACUUCAUGUCUCUUCGUCUUUCACUACUUUCCCCUCAGAAACAUAGCUCUCCGCUGUUUCGCUGACAUCCCCAAAGACCAGUGUGGCUGCAUCGCAGUGUGAUCCUGCUUGUCUAAAUCAGCGCCGAUUUGACUGUAAAAACAAUCAGGCAUGGGAUUUGACGGGCACGCGAAGUCUUAGCGCUGCCAAUGUUGACUGACUCAGAACAAUGGAAUGAUUUCAGAUUAAAAAAAUAAAAAUAAAAAAAA